UCUGUGGAAACAGAAAGAGCUGGAUGUAAUGUGACACUGGAGCUGAGAGAUCAUGAGAGAGCACACCAUACUUCAGCAGCGCCGCGGAUAAUAGCACUCCUCCUCCGGCGGGAUUUAACCGGGUCUGAGCGUUGGAUGGCCGGGCGAUAGGGUCAGAGACGGUCUGGCAGGAUGAAUUCUUUCCCGUCCAUGGACAGACACAUCCAGCAAACCAACGACCGGCUCCACUGCAUCAAACAGCACCUGCAAAAUCCAGCAAAUUUCCAGACGGCGGCGUCGGAGCUGUUGGACUGGUGUGGAGAUCCACGAGCGUUUCAGCGGCCCUUUGAGCAAAGCCUGAUGGGAUGCCUAACGGUGGUGAGUCGUGUCGCAGGUCAGCAGGGUUUUGACAUGGAUCUGGGGUAUCGGCUGCUGGCCAUUUGUGCUGCAAACAGGGACAAAUUCACCCCCAAAUCAGCAGCGUUGCUGUCCUCGUGGUGUGAGGAUCUGGGUCGACUUCUGCUGCUGCGUCAUCAGAAAAGCAGACAACCCGAUCCAUCUGUGGGCAAGAACCCGAUGCAGGCCAACAUCAACAAUAUGAAACCGGCGCUGUCACAUGGUGAUGCAUCAUUUCAAUAUGACUCCGUCUCCUGGCAACAAAACACUAAUCAGCCGCCAGGUUCUGUUUCCGUGGUGACCACUGUAUGGGGUGUCACCAAUACAUCACAGAGUCAGGUGUUGGGGAACCCCAUGGUGAACCCAAACAGCCACAUGAACCCUAUGACGGGAGGUAAUGGAGGUAUGAACCCGGGACAGUUUACUGGACAGCAGCAGUUUUCCUCCAAGGCCAGUCCAAACCAGGCCUGCAUGCAGCCGGGGAUGUACGGGAGAUCCAGUUACCCUGGAGGAGGAGGAUUCGGGAACAGUUUUGGGGGCGGUCCUAACCACACAGGUGGGAUGGGCCUGCCUGCACAGACACACACCCCUUCUAACUUCAGCCAACCAGCUGCUGCCGCCGCCGCCGCUGCUGUGGCUGCUGCUGCUGCUACGGCGACCGCUACAGCCACGGCAACGGUCGCCGCGCUACAGGAGACGCAACACAAGGACAUGAACCAAUACGACCCGAUGUGUUCCUCCUUUCAAAUGGGACCAAACCAGGCUUACAGCACUCCGUUUGUGAAUCAGCCCGGCCCCCGGGGGCCCCCUGCUCACCCUGGGGCCAUGAACAUGGGGCAGCCACGGGGCCAGAUGGGGCCAUAUGGGGGUCAGAGGACACCCCAGCAGGGCUACGGGCCACGGCCAGUGCAGGGGGUGAAGAGACCGUAUCCUGGAGAGGGGAGCUACGGGCAGCAGUAUGGACCAAGCGGGCAGUUUUCCUCUCAGCAGGGUCAGUAUCUGAACCCUGCCGCCAGCAGAGGCGUCUCGUCACCGCAUUACACCGCUCAGAGGAUGCCAGCACAGAGCCAGACUGGCUACAAGGAACCCAGCAAUAACUUCAGCACGGGAAACUUUCAUUACAGUGGGCCUCCGCGGCCAAUGGGCAGUUACCCUCACUCUCCAUUACCGGGUGACCCCACGCCCCCCGUGACCCCAGGAAGUAAUAUGCCACCGUAUCUGUCGCCAAACCAGGACAUGAAGCCCUCGUUUCCUCCUGAUAUCAAACCCAACAUUAAUGCACUGCCGCCUGCUCCAGGCAACCCUAACGAGGAGCUCCGGCUGACGUUCCCGGUUCGGGACGGUGUGGUUCUGGAGCCGUUCAGACUGGAGCACAACCUGGCCGUCAGUAAUCACAUCUUCCACCUGCAGCCCACCGUCCACCAGACGCUCAUGUGGAGGUCUGAUCUGGAGCUUCAGUUCAAGUGUUAUCAUCAUGAAGACAGGCAGAUGUACACGAACUGGCCGGCGUCGGUGCUGGUCAGUGUCAACGCCACACCGCUCACUAUCGAGCGCGGCGACAACAAGACUUCCCACAAACCCCUGCACCUGAAGCACUUGUGUCAGCCGGGCCGAAACACCAUCCAGAUCACCGUGACGGCCUGCUGCUGUUCGCACCUGUUUGUCCUUCUGCUGGUUCACCGGCCGUCGGUUCGAUCGGUGCUGCAGGUGUGCCAACAUAUAACGCUGUUGCACUUUGGGUGUCCCGAGUUUGAGUCCCAGCUCUGCUUUGACCUGGAGUCCUAUCUAGAGCUGAACUGUGAGCGGGGCUCAUGGAGAUGUCCGGUGUGCAAUAAAGCGGCUCUGCUAGAAGGUCUGGAGGUGGAUCAGUACAUGUGGGGGAUCUUGAACGCUCUUCAGAACUCAGAGUUUGAGGAGGUCACGAUAGACCCGUCCUGCAGCUGGAGGCCGGUGCAGAUCAAAUCUGAGCGGCACAUAAAGCAAGAUCCGGACGGGUUGAUGUCCAAGCGCUUCAAAAUCACGAGUCCCAGUCAGAUGGUGCUGCCCAACGUGAUGGACAUGAUCGCUCAGCUCAGCCCAGGAGCGUCUCCAUACCCCAACAACAGCACUAUCCAGUACAUCAGCCCAGGCAACCGUUUCCAGGGCCACAGUAAGUUUGGUGACUAUCCCCAUGGCAACGCAGCAUCAUCAUCAUCAGUGAGUGAGUUCGUUCAGGGGCCACACCCCCCCGCUGACCUCUCGACCUCUGAGAGCCUGACACACACGCUGCAGGAUACCACGCCUCACCCCCUCAACACAGACCAAUCCCACAAUCCUCUGCAGCACAGUAUGCAGCCGUUACAUCACAGCGGCCCGCCCCAUGCCUGCAGGCCGCCGCCCAGCCAGCAGAGCUCCGCCCCCCGCGGCCACAUGCACCCAGAGAUGACCUUUAACCCCUCGGCCAACCUGGAGGGUCAGUGUGGAGGUCCGAGCAGCGCAGACAUGCGCGAGGCCUCCUUAGAUCUGCUGCCGGACCUGAUGAAUCCAGACGAUCUUCUGUCGUAUCUGGAUCCUCCAGAUCUUCCCAGCAGCAGCAACGACGACCUGCUGUCUCUCUUUGAGAAUAACUGAGACCUCAGACCCUCGACUAGCAGCUGCUCCAUACUUGACAAACACAAAUGCACUUACCGUCACUUCCUCUUCCUGUACAGACUACAGAUUUCAAAACCAGCGUUGACAGACGAACGGAUGCCGACAGUAGCAUUAUCUCUGCCUCCAGAUUCCUUAUUUUUAUCUGCCAGAACGACUGAUUGUCGCUCAAUGUUUUUAAAAUCUUUGUCAGCAAAUGAAUGUGAGAAAUGUGGAGCUGCAAUGAACUUUGCAGCUAAAUUCAGUCUUUUUUAUUUUGAUUUUGAUAGGAAGAACCAGACAAACAAUCGAAGCACAGCUCUUAUUCAAAAUAAAUCAUGUUGUUUGGAAGCGUAAAGGGAAAAAACGGAAAUCAAACUCACACCAUGCAAUUAUCCAUCUAGUUCACUUCUGUUCAUAAUGCAGUUGUAUUAUUUUUGAGAAGUUCAUGUAAAUAUUUGUGAAUACAUUUGUUUUGAUUGGCCAUCCAUGUUUCUUCUGUCCAUGUGUGAAAACAUGGGCUGCGUUCAGAAUGCAAUGCUAUACUGAACUAUACUGCGUACUAUUUCAUAUAUUUGCAUUGAAAUAUAUUUAUAUUAGCGUUCAAAAGUUUGGGGUCUGUAAGGUUU